UGGUCUUGGAUGGCGCUGUCGUGGAAGGAAGGCGAGGCCGAGAUCAAGGACGCGCUGGCCCAGAUCGCGACGCCGAAGGGCACGUCCGCGACCCGCGUCAAGGCCGCCAGCGCUGUCUGCAUGCGCCUCAUCAAGGACUACAAGCGCGUGGUGCAUGCGAUCGAGACGAUGAUGUGGAAGUCGGAACACCCGCUCGGGUUCCUCUUCGUCAUUGACGCCGUCAUCCGCCAGUCGCAGGCCAAGUACGGCGUCGAGAAGGACGUCUUGGCCGCGCGCUUUAGCAAGCACCUCUCGCACACGAUCUCGGCCGUCAAGCACCUCCCGCCCGACGCCAAGGAUCAAGCACACCGCAUCGUGCACGACUGGGCCGCCCGGCGUGUCUACUCGCGCGACGACAUUACGAAGGCGGGAGGCGCCGAGUUCCUCGCCACGCCGCCGCCACCGCCCGCAGCCUCGACGUCCACCGCGCCGCCGCUCAACUCGGACGCAGAGAAGGAGAAACUCGCUAUGCUUCUCGACAACAUUAAGCGCAUGAAGCAGCAGCGCGAAGAGAAGAACCACGAUAGUCGAGCCCCGAGCGGCAGCCCGCCGUCGCACGCGCCGUCGUCAUCGUCGUAUGCGGCGGUCCCACCGUCGCAGUCGUCGUACUCUAGCUAUGCACCGCAGUCGCAGACAAGCGCUCCCUCCAACGGACCUCGAUACGGACAGCCCUCGUCGCCGCGACGGGACUCGCCGCGCAGCUCGCGUGGCCGGUCACGCUCGCGCUCGCCCCGACGAACUCGCAUGCGAUCCCGCAGUCGGAGUCCUGUUCGUGACAGCGGCAGUCGCCGGCGUCCCGACCCGGUCCAGCCACCUCCGCAGCAGCAAUCCUUUUACGGCGAACCGAGCUCGUACCGGCAGUCGUCUCCGUCGUUCAACCAAGGGCCUCCACGAGGCUCGUUUGGCCAAAGCGCCUCUUCUUCAUCGUCGUUCCAGCAGAGCCCGCCGGCAUCCAGCUAUAACCAGGGCCCACCCUCCUCUAGCUAUAACCAGGGCCCGUCGUCAUCGAGCUUCAACCAGGGCCCUCCCUCCUCGAGCUAUACCCAGGGCCCUUCCUCCUCGAGCUUUGGCCAGGGCCCACCGUCGUCUGGCUUUAACCAGGGCCCACCGUCGUCGUCGGGGUUCAACCAGGGGCCGCCGUCGUCGGGCUUCAACCAGGGGGGUCCUCCUCCGUUUCGCCAGGGUCCUCCGUCGUCGGCACCGCAUCAGGGCGGGUCGUCGUUCGGACAGCCGUCGUUUGGUGGUGGCGGCGGUGGGUUCACCAAGGGCGUUUGCUUUGACUAUGCGCAAGGCCGCUGCUUCCGAGGCGCAAGCUGCCGCUUUUUGCACGACGGGCCGACGCAGCAGCCGGGCGAACCAGGCGCCCGCCCGCCCCGCCCGCAGCUCAAAACGCGUCUCUGCAUGAAUUUUCCGUCGGGCAACUGCCGCUACGGCGACCGCUGCACAUUUGCCCACGGCGAGACGCAGCUCGGCUCGGCCGUCGAGACGAGCUCAUCGUCGAUGCCGCCCCGGUCGUCGCCCCAUGCGCCGUCGACGUACGGGCCGCCGCCCACAAAGGUGGCCGAGUACCCGCCUUACACUUCGAAUAACACGUCGAUUGGUGCUGCUAUUACGUCGUCGUCGUUGGCUCAGUCGCAGUCGUCCGGAUCACCGAAGCGGGUGCGUCAGUCCCGCUGGGGCGCCAAGCCAGCGGUAACCGAGGCACCGCCGGCGCCCGUGCCGGUGCCCGUCGUCGCGCCCGUCGUCGCGCCUGUCAAGCACUUUGAAGAGGAGGAGCCGGCCCCCGCCCCCGAGUUUACGCUAGAGUACGACGAUGACGAAUAGUGUAGUUUGAGUUUAGUAACACUAAACCUUUUUAUAACUGG